AUGUCGAGUCGACUGGCGAAGAAAGCCCAAAACAAGCGACGGGAAUCCUAUCGAUCCGAUACGGUCGAAAAUCAACCCGAUGCUGAUGACAAGUCUGACAGUCUUAAUUCCCCUCUUACCUCCCUCGAUUCUUUAUCUUCUCAAGCAAUCCUUCCCGACGAUUCAACUCCUGCCCCUCCACCUGAAACUCCACCGCCUGAUACUGCCGUAGUGGAAGAAAUUGCGAGACAUGUCUCCCCUCCCAAACUUCAACGACGUGAAACAAGAACACGCAAGGUAAAAGAAGAUUCAACAAUUAUCGAUGCGUCCACUCCUGGAGCUCCAUCAUCGGUGAACACUUCCGUCAAAGCUGAGACUAGUCGUUCUGAGAUUUGGAUAAAUUGUGAUCUUUGUCGCGGUCAAAGACAAAGAUGUGAAGAACCUCCUUCUGGUUCUUCACCAUCCCCUCCUCCGACAGCUGAUGAAGAUGAAGAUCGACCUGACCAACCGACAUGCGUGAAAUGUAGGAAAAGAGGACAACGAUGCACUUUUCAGAUUUUUCCACAGGCGAUAAGGGAUAGAAACAAGCCUAAGGGGACUCGUGGAAAACCGGCGGAUCUGAAGGUGACCAGAAAUCAAGUGACCACACCAGUAGAAAAACCUAUGGUAAAGACUGUUCAAACGAGGGGAAAGGUGCAGGAGAAGGAAAAGGAAAAGGAAAAGGGAAAAGGAAAGGAAAAAGAAAAAGAAAAGGAUAGGGGGAAAGAGAAGGAGCAGGAGAAGGAGAAAGAGAAGAAACCAAUCACGAGGAAGGUCACGACGAAACCGGAUGAAUCUUUCUUCUCUCAUUUGACGACAUCUCGAACAAGAGCGAAGAAGAUCCUCGAGCCUGAAAAGACUGGUGCAAGUGGGAAGACUGGCAAUAUUGGUGAGCCGGUGAACACUGGCGAACCUCUGAUCACCGGAAAUGUUGGGAGUAGUGGCGAACCUGUGAAAAAUGGUGAUACUGGGAAGAGCGGAUCUUCUUCAGGUUUGAAGAUCAAACUUACUGUUCCUCAUGCCAUCACAGAAACCCGUACAAACAAGGGAAAAGGGAAGAAAGAAUCCGAAGAGACUAAACCAGUCGAAGAAAGCAAAGAAACAACCGAAGUAGCAGAAAGUAAAGUAGAGGAUGCUGAAGAUAUAUUUGGGAGUGAAAUUUUAGAGGACGACGACGUCAAGAUGAAACACUACGAAAGUGAUAACUUCGAGAAGAAGAAGAAGAAGAAAGAUAAAUCCUUGAACAAACGAAAACUCAAAAGUCCAUCUUUCACUUCGUCGGACGAAUCUUCUACUUCGGAAGAAGAAGUGAUCCGUCCAACGAAAUCAAAACGACAAAAAGGAGAAGAAGAAUUUUUACCUGAAUUCGAAGUUCAAAACACGGAAGAAUUAAGAUCGACCAUUGGAUCUUCUCAUAUUGUUGAGACUGCCCAAUCGGAUGAUCAGAAGAAUCAUGAUGAUAUCAUGAUCAAGAAGAAGAAAGGGAAGAACAAGUUUGAUUUCAUGGUCGAAAACACUCGAUCGGAGAAGAUGGAUGUAGAGAAAGAAAUUGGAAUAAAGUCGAAAGUGAAAGGUGGUAAAUCGGAUCAUGAGGGACAUAUUGGGAUGAAACCUAUUGCUAGACCUAGACCUUCAGGUCAAGGUCAAGCAGCGAUUAAGAAGAAAAUCCCACCGCCUACACCAACACAACAAACACAACCUACUUCUAUACUUUCUGCAGUAUCUGCCACUCUCAAACAGUUACAGGAGAAAAACAAGACGGGUGCGAAAGAGGGCGAGAAAGAAGUUUCGAAGAAAAGGGAGAAUGUAUGGUUGGACGAAUGGCAAAUGACACCGGAAGAGCAGGAAGAAUAUGAUAAAUCGAAACCUCAAAGAGAAGAAGCGGCCAAGCGUCGUCGACUUUGGCUCGAGCAACAUCCUACAAAGGAUCAUCAAGCUUCGAAAGAUGCACAGAAAAUGGCCCGGCUUGGCGGCCCGCUCAUCCGCGUUCCGGAAGCUAUCGGCGUCCACACCAAUGGCUCGUUUGGUCAAAUGGUAAACCUCCUUCGUGCGCAAAAGACUUGA